CCCCCGCACACAUAACAUACACUGUACACAGCUGAGACAGAAUACAUCAUCCUCAGCAGGAAGAAUUGAUAGUCGCCUUCUCUGGAAGCGUCAGUGAGAGUCACCCUCCUGGACCGCCCUCCACAUCCACUACAAAUACAGGUGCAUGGUACUCACCUGACUUCACCGCGACAGCAUGAGAGACGGCGAACCAGCCCGACCCUCCCAACCGAGGAUGGAAAAGACUUCAAAAGAGGUACCAGAAUUGGAACCUAUCAAUCUUGAAAACUCCUUCCAGGAGCUGAGAAUGGUGAGACAACAGACAUGGCCUUGUGGCGGGACAUGCCAUGCCAGGGAGAUCCUACAGAGUCUAAACAUUUACAGACAAUGUGGAAUUUUUACAGAUGUGGUUCUCCAAAUAGAAGACCAGACAUUUCCCUGCCAUCGAGGCGUCCUGUCAGCCAACAGUUCUUAUUUCAGAGCCAUGUUUGGAGGAAGCCUCAAGGAGAGCAAUCUCAGUGUUAUCAACAUUCAGAAAAUAUCAGCAAGAAUUAUGGGCGUCUUGAUGGACUUCAUGUAUGGUGGGAACCCAACGAUACAAGAAGACAACGUGGAAGACCUCUUGCAGGCCUCAGAUCUCCUCCACAUCUCUAGUUUAAAAGAUGAGUGUGUAAAAUUUUUGGACAGCCAACUGGACCCUUCUAACUGUGUUGGCAUAAUGAAGUUUGCUGACUUGUUCUCAAUCACUUCUCUCUCGGAGAAAAGCAAAAAACUGGUGCUGGAAGGUUUCGAGGAGGUCUCCUGUCACGAGGAGUUCCUGCAGCUAACCAAAGAUGAAUUGAUUGAGUACUUGUCCAACGAGGACCUGGUGGUGAGCAAAGAGGAAAUUGUCUUCGAAGCUGUCAUGAGGUGGGUCAAAGAAAAUAAAACCACUGGAACUAAAGCUUUGAAGGAUCUUCUGGAGCAUGUGAGACUGCCAUUGCUGGACCCCGCUUAUUUCAUGGAGAAGGUAGAAACAGAAAAGACCAUCCAGGGCUGUCCCGAGUGCUUCCCUUUGUUGCACGAGGCUCGGAUGUUCCACAUCCUUGGGAAUCCAGUCAACUCAUUCAGAGCAAGGCCAAGAAGAUUUGCAGACUUGUCGGAAGCCAUCGUCAUUAUUGGCGGUUGUGAUAAAAAGGGACUUUUAAAAUUACCUUUUACUGAAUGUUACUAUCCAAGGAGCGGGCAGUGGAAGCUUCUUGCCAGCAUGCCAGGAUAUACCAAGUCUGAAUUUGCUGCCUGUACGUUAAAGAAUAAUAUAUACAUCUCAGGUGGACAUAUUAACAGCAGUGACGUUUGGAUGUUUAACACUCAGCUCAAUGCAUGGAUCAGAAUUGCUUCGUUAGCAAAAGGCCGAUGGAGGCACAAAAUGGCCAUUCUGAAUGGAGAGAUCUACGCUACUGGUGGCUUCGAUGGAGCAAAAAGGUUGUCUACGGUUGAACGCUACAGCAUGUUCACUAACAACUGGAUCCCAGGAACUCCAAUGUUGGAAGCAGUGAGCUCCGCAGCGGUGGUGACCUGCAUGAACAAGCUCUAUGUCAUUGGAGGAGCAGUAGAGGAUUAUGGGAACACAAACAAGGUCCAGUGCUAUGAUCCGGAAGAAGACAAGUGGACUUACAAAUCUCCUUCGCCCUUCUCCCAGAGGUGUAUCAGUGCAGUUGAGUUGGAUGGAAUGAUUUAUGUUGUUGGGGGUCUGUUGAGCACAAUAUUCAGAUACAACCCAAAAACAGAUGAAUGGAGUGAAGCUGCCUCUCUGCCCGGCCCUCUGGAGAGCUGUGGAGUGACCGUUUGCGGUGGAGACAUUUACAUCCUGGGCGGACGGGAUGAAAACGGAGAAGGAACUGAAAAAGCUUUUGUGUACGACCCGAAAUCGGGACAAGUGAACGCGGAACCCCCUCUACAACGCUGUACCAGCUAUCAUGGCUGUGUUACCAUCUUACACAGGCCAGAAGCAUAAAUGUGUUUUCUAAGAGCCUCACCCCGUGCCAAAAACUCAGUGACCUCUGGUUUACGGACUUACGAAAACUGUAAAUUUUAUUUUCAUUGAUAGUCAAUGUGUCAUAAGCCGAUAGGUGCAUCUAUUUUGGUAUGUACUCAUGUGCAGAUUAUAGACAGGUGUUUCAUGUACACCUUUUUGUCGUACUAUUGUUUUAUAUAGAAAUUAUUUGUGAUGUGUGGUAUUGUCUAUCGCAUGGUAAGGUUGGGCAUUUAUUAAAAACAGAAAAAUUGUGCAGUCCAGUGGCAAAGAAAUGGAUCGAGUAACUGUACUAUGACAAUGAAGAGGCAACAGGCUGAAUCCACUAUUGUACCUGGCCAGGAGAGUCAUUUCAACACCAGUUGAGUGAAU